CUUUAAACAUAGCUAAUUUGAUUUCGUGUCCGGAUGCUUAACGUACGCACCCGCCGGAGCAGGAAAUGGAGACAUCUUUUGUAUCCAAAGCAAGGACAGCCUUCCAUUCAGCUGCGGCUAAAGCGGAGAAAGUCUUCACGGACAUUAAAAAAUCUGAUUUUAUUACCCAUCGAGAGGAUAUAGAUAAACAAUCGCCGAUUGAAUCGAGGCCGGAGUAUACGAAGGACGGGGAUGAAUCUAAGAGUUGUCAGGAACUGACGAAUCAGAGGAGCAGGCCAGCGCCAAUAAAAACAAAACAGGACUGGCACGAGAGAUUAAGGAAUAUAAGAAUAGGGAAAAAGGGAGCUGAGGAUACUGAGAAGACAGAAAAUUCCACAAUGGCAUAUGCAAUUUUUGAUGAAAAUUUAUACUUCAUGAGGGAGAGAGAAAUCUCUGAAUCUGAGGAUUCAAAAGUGGGAGUUGCAUUAGAAGGUUCAAAUGCUGUAAACUCUGAUAUCAUUCCAUCAUCAGCUGUUGUGAGACAAUUGGCUGUGGCUAUCGAUGCUGGAUUAGUGUACAACUCCAUGAAGGAUCUCCUUGCUUCUUCCAGAGGCUCUUCACCUAUCAGAGAGAGAGCUAGCUUAAGCUUCUCAGCAAUGAAGUCAAUAGUAUUACGUGAAAAAGAAGAUAGGAUAGCCAGUGAGUUUGGUGCUGAUGAGAGAGUUCUUUCUCUAAUCAAUUCACUGCUAAAUGCAGGACAUUUUUUGGGGAGGACUUGCUCUAGUUUGGAAGAAGAUACGAAUACAGCAUCAUUAAUUAAGGAUAUUCAUGGUGCUCCUAUUGAAGGUUUUGUCGUUAAGCUCGCUGAAGCUGUUGGUUGUCUAAAGACCCUGCAGAAAAUGGCGUCAUUUUGGUGCAGAGUUGUUGCCGAACUGAGAAGACGUUGGUCCGAAAGGCAAUAUAUUCCUGGCAUUCCACCUGAUGAGAUCCCAGACCUGAAUUCGUGUCUUCUACAUCAACAGUUACAGGUCAUCAACUGUUGCAUUUCGCGAAAAAUACGCUGGUUUGCUGCCUCUGAGUCACUAGAGUCUGUUGUGGGUCAAUCUAGCUCAAAUAUUGAGUCUUCAUGUUCUGAAGGCACAGUUCCCAUAGUUACUCGUAUGUAUGCUAUGACUAAGUCUGGCGAACUUGUUCUUCGAUUAGGAGCAGAUAAAGAAUGUGACAACUUAACAAUGCUGGAAACUAGUGAACCUAUAUAUACACCUGUGACUCAGGAGUUGCCUUUGUUAACAGAAGAUCUUAUAAAAGAAACAGAGGAUUUUGUACUACGAACUGGCAGCGUUGGUGCAGGAUGUUCUCAACUCCUUUCCGACAUGCAGGCCUUUAAGGCAGCAAAUCCUGGCUGCAUAUUAGAAGAUUUUGUAAGAUGGCACUCUCCUCCUGAUUGGAUGGAAAAUGAAACAAAUACUGAAGUGAACGAAACUUCUGAUGGGGGUGACUUAUUGUCUGUAAAAGGUCAACUUAGUAGGCGAAUGAAGAAAGAAGGUAAUUUGUGGCGCGAACUAUGGGAAACGGCAAAACCAGUACCAGCUGUUAGACAAACUCCCCUUUAUGAUGAGGAUCUGGCUGUGGAUGGUAUUCUGGACUUUCUGGAGGACAUUUCACCUUCUCAUCUAUUGAAACAGCUCUUUAUUGCUGCCUUGGGUGCAGGACUAGUAAUUGCGGAGGCCAACCUCUCGACAGACUCAAGUUUGUCAAAAUUGUUCCACGAGUGCAGAAACUAUAUCGUUCAGAGUUGUCAAAUGGGUACCUGGGUUGAGAAACUCGAUGAUAUAUGCCAGGUUUAUGAUUCAGUGGAGACGAUGUUGCUAAAUCCCGAUGAAGUUAUUAAGAUGACAGCUCAAUCUGAAGAAACCACGACUGCAGGUGACAUACGGAAUCGUUUCAAGAGACUUAGCUUGAUCUUUGGCGGCAAAAGUAAACACUCGUCAAAAGCUCCCUCGAAAGAUUCGAAGAACAAUGAUCGCCAACCAUUCUCAUCAAUAUUUUCAGAGAAGCCCCCAAAACCCAGUGCUUCUCCGGCCGAUAAACCUUCUAGUUCAGUUGAAAAUGACUGGACAAUUGUUUAAACAUGAAAUUGUAUAUAUUUUUUUCAAUAUAAGAAAACUGAAAUAAAUGUUCAGAAUUCUGUCUUCCUAUGUGUCUUAAAGGAAAUGAGAAAUGGAAAAGCUCUUUGUACCAUGGAUUUAUGCC